CUUUUGCCGUAAUUCUUUUAGGAACGAACAUGGAAUACUUUGGGAUGUAUUCUUCCGAUCGGGUUCCUGCCAACGAGUAGUCAUUGUCCUUUGUCGUGCGUUCAUUUCCAUUGUCGAGUGCGGAGCGGCUGUGCAUUUCAUAUCGCUGUGCCACAACGAUCGCUGCUGACGGACAGCGUUUCGUCCUCAAGUCCAUGUCCCCCAAGGACUCAAUCUACCCACGCACUUGACCCACGUCACAAUAUGUCAAAGUCUGCAGAGACUUCAUCCCAGGAACACACUGAAGUGCUAACUGCCCUGUCCCGCUCGGUGCCCGAUCAAACUGGUUUGCUCAUUCUGAACGCCGUCAACGGAACAGUGUUGGCUUCGUCGGGUGACUUGGCGGACGACCCUGCAACAGCAAAAGAUGUGUUUGGAAUGAUACAUGAUGCCAGAAAGGCAGUUGGAGCUACUGGAAAAAAUGAAGAUUUACAACGAAUAAAUGUGUCUCUAGGAUCAUGUGUGAUUGUGAUAACAGCAGACGAGCGGCAUAUAUAUGCUGUAAAGAAGAACAAUUAAAGGCCGUGCGGUUUCGCGUGGUUUUCCCAGUGGCGCUGGUUUUCGCUAGUUCAAUGUACAAAUAUUUACAGGUAUCUCUAAAAUCUUCAAUAAAAAUACGUUUGCCUACACCUCUUUGGCAACUUCACAUCCUUCUGCGGGUUG